CGGAAAGACUACUUUUCUUCACAUACUCUCUCUCUCUCUCUCAUUCUCUACUCUGUUUUCUUUUGUUCUCUCUCAAUUAUAACCAAUAUUUUUGGGAAGAACAGAGACUUUACUGAGUAAUAUGGGAAAUUGUCAGGCGGUUGAUGCUGCGGCACUGGUUGUACAGCAUCCCGACGGCAAAAUCGAUAGAUAUUACUGUUCUGUACCUGUCGCGGACAUCAUGCGUACUUAUCCGGGUCACUAUGUUUCUCUUAUUAUUCCUUUGCCGGAGACAAAUGUUUCGGCGACUAGGACGACGACAGUAGAAGAUGAUAAGAGUCAGAGAAGGGUCGUGAGGUUCACGCGUGUGAAACUUCUCCGACCAACGGAGAAUCUUGUACUUGGUCAUGCUUACCGUCUCAUCACUUCACGAGAGGUUAUGAAAGUUAUAAGAGAAAAGAAGCACGCGAAGACAAAGAAGCAUCAGAGUGAAACGACCGAAGAGAAGAAGAAUACAUCUCUGGAGAAGAAGGUUGCUGAAGAAUCCGACAAGAAUCAGAAACUGGAAACGAAUGAUGAGAAGCAACGUGCAGUGUUAACAAGCUCAGGUUCGUCGAAAUCGAAAACAUGGAGACCAUCAUUGCAGAGCAUCUCUGAGACUACAAGUUGAUGUUUAUUUUAGUUUUUGCUUGAGGGACAAGAAACAGAGUCUUUGUGUGAGACCAUCAGAAGAUUGGAAUCUAAAAAGAAAGAGAUAUAAACUCUAUACUGAAAAAUUUCUUGUCUUUUAUGUUCCUUCGGUUAUUACAAAGAUUAAGAUGAAAAAACUCUGCACCUAUUAUGAAGUGAGUCCCUUUUUAUCUCGUCAAUGUAUAUAAAUUCUUCAGAUGAAGAAAUCUAAAGAAUAAGUGUAAAACAUAUGUUUUUGUUGUAUGUUUUUUUGCAAUAAUGUUUACACAAGUUCUUGUAAUAAAACUGUAGCAAUAGGACAAACUUCAAAG